ACAAGAAUGGCCGAUCUAAUAAACAUCCUCGUUUAGAGCUUUCGAAAAUUGCCGCUUGGUGUCACUGUUCGGUGUUAGGAACGAUUCCUGUUAAAAAAAUAAACUCUCCCUUAUUAACUAAUUAUUUAUUUUUUUAAUCUGUAAAUAAUAAUUCAUGUGAGUCAAACAAAUGUUCGUUUGAUAGAAUAAAAAUGUGUAUUGUUUUGUAUUGUGCUUUAUAAAAUGUGUAUACGUUCGGUGCUUCAAUAAUUUUGUAGAGAAAGAGAAAUAGAAAGAAAGAGAAAGAUAGAAGAAAGAGGAUAGAGUAAAAUUGUUAUUUAUUAAAUAACAUUUCAAUGACAAUGUUAAAUAAAAGAUGAAUAUGAAAGCAAUAAAAACGAUGGAUAUGACAUUGCCAUUUGCAUUGAAGCAAGAACAUGAGGUUAACGAAGAUGAAAUUGACGAUGAUGAUAGUUUGAAUGAACUCGAUAAGAUCUUGUCUAUGCCACUACCAUCAAUUACUGGAAAUAAUUAUCUCUUACCUUCUACUCCUAAUCAUGAAUUCUUACGACUUACUGCAAUGGUACGUGCAGUAUACUUCUCGUAUCUUCACAAAUGUUUACUUAGUAAUUACAUAGUAUGUUACAAACAAAAAAAUCAAGAGACUUUUAAUUGUGAUUUAAAAAAGUGCGCGGAUCAAAUGGAACUGAAUGCUGUACGAUCUUCUUUAGAAGCUUCAUUGUAUAGACAACAUAUGCUUAAAAUGAUUUCAGAUAUUAAAUCGCACACCUCUCAAAAAAAAGUAUAUAAACAGUUAGUUAUGCUUUUAGAGACACCGUCAAAUAAAGUUGACGUAGGUGUACAAACUAAUAACCUCUGUUUAAAAAAUAAUCUCUGUGAUCAACAUAAAAGUAAUACUACACAAGACGCUUGCAUUACGUCUAAUUAUGAAGAAUUAUUUAAUGUAAAAGAAAUAUUAUCUAUGGACAAUAAAGUCCCUUGUAUAGAAGAAUCAAAUGUUUCAUUGAUGCAAGACAAUGCAAGUGUUAAAACUCUUUUAUUAAAAGAAGAGGAUACAGACAAAUUGAUAUUCGAUGAACAAAGUCAAGAGACGACAAUUUUUACACAAACGGUAUCAACAGGUAGUUCUAUUCAACAACCAAUAGAGUGUGUUCAAAACGAUGAUGAAAACUCACAAGAUUCUCUUUUGCAACACAUGGAAGAUAUGUUUUGUGAGAGUGAUGAUAGUAGCGAUUUAACAACGUUAAUCGAAAAACAUUCUGGCGUAAGUAAGGCUAGUGUUGAUAAAGAAAUCAGUAAAAUGAGCUUAGAAAGUGAUAAUAAUACUUUAACAUCUAAUUUCAAAAAACAUAUAGAAGAGAGUAAUAAUAUUCCAAAGAGUAAUGUAAAAAUGUCUAAUACUGUUCAAGGAAAAUUUAGUUUUAGUUAUUAUAAAGAAAUGAAAAAUAGAGCAGAAAAGCCAAUGGAAAUUAACAAGGAAGAGACAAUAGAGUGUAAACAAGAAACAAGUGAAAGUAAACAGAAGAAGAAAACUGAUGGUAUUUGGUUCGUCGAAAGGGUACAUCAGGUUUCGAAAUUAAAAACUAAAAUGACAGAAUUGUCAUUAACGAAUUACCGAAAGCAUGGUAAAAUAAAAGAAAAAUUCAUCGAAUUAUUUGGAGAAUCUGAGGAAGAAGAAAUGAUGCCUGAUUCACCGAUUUGUAUAGAAGAACAUUUGACUGCUUGCAAAGAAAGGAUAGCACCUUGGAUUGUUAAAUAUCUUAUGCCGUUUUAUAAAAAAAGACGAAUUAAAGAUCGUCAAUUAUUUAAAGCUGUAGCUAAGCAUAUUGCUGAUAUGCUUAUUAUUGAGAAUACAUUUCCUGAAGAAAAUUGUGUUAACAAAUACAUAGACAAUUAUUUCCGAAAUAGAAAAUUCAUUAGGACAAGUCAAGAUAUAUAUAUGUAAUAAAGAAGCUAUCCAUUUCUGAAACAUUUUAGAAAUAAGAAAAAAAGAAAAAAUACAUUUAUAAAUUAUUAUAUCGCCAUAUGAAUGGACAUUAUUUCUUUCUUUUUAACGAUUAUUAAUGUUAGAAAGAUUUGAGAUAUAUAUAUAUUU